GCACCACGACAGGAAUGCUGCUGCUGCUGCCACUCCUGGCCCUGGCUGAAGCCUGGUUGCAUCCAUUCCCCUCCCCGUGGAGGCUCCACUUGCAGCAGCAGCAGGAGGCUGUCCUGCCUACACCUGCGGGCAGCAGGCUGGCAGUGCUUGCUGCCUUUUCUCUCCUUCUGAUCCAUGGACAUGCACAAGUGCUGCUGCAACAGAGUCCACCAUCUGUUACCAAAAUGGGAUCCAAAAGUGUGACUAUUGAGUGCAAAGCCGAGGGCAUAGCUAACUUCCAGGCUGCCUACAUCCACUGGUACCGACAACUGCCUGACAAAGCUCCUGAAUGGCUCCUUUCUGUGACAGCAAAAUCACAAGUUUCCUAUGAUUCCGAAUCCUAUAGGAACAAAUAUUCGUCUUAUAAAAGAGAGAAUAACAUCUGCACUCUCUCAGUUAACAGCAUACAGGAUGGAGAUGCAGGUACCUACUACUGUGCCUACUGGGAGUCUCACAGCGGGAGCAGCCUGCAGGCAGCCCUUACAGAAAGCUGGCUGCAACCUGAGCGGCACACUUUCAUACAAGUGCCGAGAAACACAGCUGCCUUCCUGCCCCCAUCUCUCAGCCUUCAAGACACCCCCACAAGCUCAAGCAGAGGAAGGAAUUCCAAGACGAAAGCCGAGACACUGAUGUGGCAAUCAUGUUCAGAGCUCACUGUCUGUGCCGCUAUUCUGUGCAGCCUGAGUCCAUCGUUUCCUCUCCCUCCAGCAGCCGUCCUGCCUCUAAGGUUCUCUUUUUUGCCGCUGGAAUGGCAGCACUAAAGGACCUGAUGCAAAACAAUGGAUCUAUCACAAGGAAACUGGCAGCAGGACUUUACAGAACAUGUCCUGACAGGAGGUCUGCAGUGCAUGCUG